GGUUAUUGAUUGGACGGUGCUAGUUGCAACAUGAACGGAGGUCAAGAAGUAAAUCCGUAGAGUCAUUAUACAGCAACAGAUAAAUUCUCUGCGAUUCAGUGAAAGCUGCUGAUUUUGGACAAAUAGUAAACUCGCCGGGAAACCAUCUACAGACUUUGGUGUCGCACUUGGAAGAGAAAAAAAAGAGCAUGUCAUCGCCAAGGCUGCAUGUAUAGGUGCCUGUAGUGAAUUUGCAAGUUUCUACAGCAAAGAGUGAGAUGCACUAGCUGACGGUGCUUUUCCAAGAUGCAUGGAGGACACACAUGCCUCAUCGGAGUAGUCGUAAUAGUGGGUUUCCUGCGCUGGUCGCAGGGGCAAGUGACUCUACCGUCCAAAGGUGCAUGGCAAGCCAGCUGGGAUUACUGUGAAUACCAGGGCCAGAUUAUACCAGCUGGGUUGAAGAAAAUUGCCCUGAAGGCAGAUCCAUGCAUACGAUGCCGCUGCAUGAAAGGAGAACUAGAAUGUCGGACCAAGAUCUGUCCAGAAUUAAAGUGUGACCAACAAAUCAGAAAGCCCAGUAAAUGUUGCCCAAAGUGCAAAUUCCCACUUUUAAACAAAGAGCAAGGCACUACCAAAUUAUUGAACAAUGUAGCAGUGAGAAUGGGUCUUGAUAUCACAUCUGAUGGCAUCAAUCAAGUCGUCACCCUCCGACUCCCUCCACCUCCAAUGAUCCCACCUCCACCACCAUCUGCACUGGCUGCUGAACUGGGCAACAAUACUGAGACUCGCCCCAUUGUCAUGACAACGACAGAAACUAUUCCUGUGGAAGCAACGAUUAUACCCCCCAUAGUGACAAGAAUGACGAGAGCACCCCCUACACCUCCUCCCACACCCCCUCCGCCAGUUCCUGACAUCAACAAAACAAAGAAGACUACCCCAUCCCCUGAGCCCUCACCCAAAGCCACUCCGAGACCUAAACCCAAUGAUGCACGGAAAAUGUGGUGUUCCAAAGUCAAGCCAGGCGAGCAAGGGGUCAAAGUUGAUCGUGGGGCCCUUGGGACCCCAGGCAUGCAGGGUGCACCUGGUACAGUUGGCCCAACAGAUCCACCUGCUUCAAAAGGGAAUCCAGGGGAACCAGGGCGCAGAUGGUUGAAAGGAGAGCCCGGAAUUCCAGGGGAAAGGGGACCAGCAGGGCCUCGGGGACCGAUUGGGCCAAAGGGCUCCUUUGGUUUGCCAGGACCUAAAGGGCAGAGAGGUCCCCGAGGGAAAACUGGUAAAAAGGGGAAAAAGGGUGAUGCAGGUGAGCCUGGUCCUGUGGGCCCUGAAGGUCCACAGGGCUUGCCUGGUCAUGUUGGUUUGCCUGGACCAAUAGGACCUCCUGGUCGGGAUGGCCAAAUGGGUCCAGUAGGGCCAGUUGGACCAGUUGGGCCAGCAAGCCAGCCAGGUUCCCCAGGCAAAACAGGAGGGCCAGGUCCACAGGGGCCUAAGGGCGAGAAAGGUGACCCUGGAAGCAGGCUCAUGGAAGGGCAAAUUAUCAUUGUUCCCAAUGAGAUUGCCAUGCAUUCCAUCCGAGCUGAGGCAGCUCUAGUCUAUCGUAUGGAUGACAAGAAACUGUACUUCAGGGACACAGAGCACUGGAACUGCCUGAUGACAGAAGGCUCCAUGAAGGUCAUUGCAGGACCCCCAGGGUCACCUGGCCCCCAGGGGGACAUGGGACCUCCUGGGCCACAGGGACCCAAAGGGGCUAAGGGAGAUUUGGGUGAUUACAGUGGUGGAGAUCAAGAGGUUUGUGGCAAUUAUCUGAUUGAAGGAAAGGAGCAAUGUGAUGACGGGAAUGACAUUGACACAGACAGCUGCAUAUACUGCCGGAGAUCUUACUGUGGAGAUGGUUACAGACAAGAAGGGGUGGAGGAAUGUGACACUUUCAACUUCAAUGGAAAAACAUGUGAUGACUACUUCUCAGAGUAUGAGACAAUGGGCACGUUACGAUGCACUGACCGUUGUCGGAUUGAUACUGGGGACUGCAAGGUCGUCCGAAGAAGAAAACGCCAGCUGCCUCCAGAGUAGACUUGCAAAACUGGAUCAUAAGAGCAAUAAUGACCCUAUUGGCUUGAAAUGAUUUAUCAAAGAUCGAUGGAUUUUGUUGCCAGUAUUUAUGUGGCAACUGUUGUGUAAACAUGACAGAUUUGUUGAUGAGACGACAUUCUUCUGUAGGUGCUGGUCAGGGGCACAUGGUGUGAGGAGCAAACUCCCAUUACAGCAAGACACCCACUGUGAUGGCUCACAGAACAUCCAAUUCAUCAGGUUGAAUUUCUCUAAAAGCAGCAUUCCCACAGGUUACAGGCUUCAUCCUGCUAUCAUCUUCCAUGGUUUGACUUCCACAGCAACAUCCACAUAGUUACUGAAGGUGACUUCCAUAUCAUUGAGUGAUUCUCACUUCUAAAUCACAACCACUCAUCCAAAUCAACUAUUGACACUGUUUCACAAUUCAUUUCAAUGCCACUUGAACACAUUUUGCUAUGGUGGAGUGAUAUCAAAGAGUCCUGCAUAUUACAUGUAUAUUGUGGUGCAAUCCACUCAUAAUUUCAUUUUCAUAGCACAUAGCCACAUCCACAAAAAGUAUCCUUUACCUGUUGGUUGUUUUUCAAUCAUCUGAUCACUCGGAAAUGCCCAGGAUUUGAGGAUGUUACAGUUGGCUGUCUGAAGUGAAGAUUGCCAAAUUCUAAAGCUUAUGCAACAUGUUUUUGUAUAAAAUAUUGAUUCAAACUAGGGAAAAACAACAAGUGUGCAUCUGGAAGAUGUCUUCUUCACUGCAUCAUCUUCUCAAUCGUCAUCAGUGUUUAUGAGCCAUUUGUUCAUGACGGCAAGCAAGCUUGUUGCAGGAAAAUGUUUUCUACAAAAGUGAAGCAUUUGCCAUACAUGAACAUUACGGAUCUUGUUGUGGGCAAAACUUUACUGCAUGGAGUUAGGCUUUACAGCGGAUGGAAUCGGGAGGUUUCUAAUGCUGUCAACCACAGAAGAUACUCUCAUUUUGCUAUGGGCAUCAUGUAUAGAACUUACCCAAAUCACUGUUUUCUGUGCAGAGUCUUUUGUCAUAGAUUGUCCAAAUUGAAAUUAAAGGUAAUAUUCUUAAUGCAUUCAUUAGAAUUUACAUGUAUCAGCUGAUUUAUUCUCAUGUUUAUGACAUACCAAUUAAUCAUUUCCCCCAAAAUAAGUUAUAUUUGUAAGGACAGUAUUAUUAUUAUUAUUACCUUUUCGAAAAAAUGUUAAUAUAAAAAAAAAAGACUUUAAGUGCAAGUCACAGCGUUUCAUAAAUGUGUACUAUUAAAAGAGGAAAAAGUACAGUUGAUAUUUAUGUAUUAUGUGUCUUUGAUGGUGCUUUUAUAUGGACUGUAAAUAUGUUAUGUACACUACAUCUGAAUGUACAUUUUUGGGCCGAGUUAUGAAACUUCUUGGACAUUCAAAGUGUAAACAUUUUUAAGAUGGUUGUCACCUGUCCUCAUUAUAUCAUUGUUUUUUGGAAUUUUGAUUUUGUUUUUUAACAUUCAAGCAAGAGAUUCUUUGUAUUUGAAGGAACAAUAUCCUUAUGUACCAUUUCAGUGCUUUCACACAGCCCAUUUUAAUUUCAUGAUUUACUAUUAUAUUGUUAAAUUGAUCGUAAUGAUAAAUGAUGUUACUGAUUUUAUCCAGUCCUUAAUUUCUACAGUUUAUGAGGAUUGCUACUGGGUAUUGAAACUGAAAACGAAAAUGGACCAGCCCUCUUUACUUGAGUGAUAGAUAUUCAGAUAUCCGUCCCAGUUCUAUUUUCAGAGAGCAACAAGAAGUUUAAAAUGAAUGUAGUUGCCUUACUAACUCCAGCUAGUACAAGUACUUAUGCCACAUUUCAUAUCUUCCCAGGAAAUAAAAAAAAUGUUUUGAAAAAAUAGCUCUUCUAGCAUUUCAUCUCCACUUUUCUUCAAAAUAGCCAUUGAACACCCGGAUGCUGAAGAGGGUGGAAUCGAUUGUCUUUUCUAAUGGCUUAUUUUACUUGUCCAUUUUGGAAAUCCUUUAUAACUAAACAAGUGUCAUUAAUUAGACUAAUGGUAUGUCUUUUAAAGCUCAUA